GGUGUCAGGCAGGUUCAUGGAACCGAGCAAAACGUCGUUGUAGUAGACCUCGAUGGGCUCCGGAAACUUAAUGGUAGCUGAGAAUGGGCCAGUGUCGGAGAGGGCACCGUUCAUGGCCAUGACCAUGCUGGUGUUUGUAGGGCUCGAGAUCUGGAUGCUCUUGAAGGACAUGCUACUCUUGUUGAUGAUCGACUGGGCGACCUUAGGCAGAAUCACGAAGAGGGCGAUAGGCACGGCAACUGCGACGAUGAUUACGGUCAUGAUGGCGCAGAAGAUCCAGUACUUGCGCCUCUUGUAGAAGGGCUGGGACUGGGGCUUCGUCACCUCAUCGUACUCAUCAAACUCAUGGUAAUCUUCUUCGUUCUCGUCAUAAGGGAGAUUAUGGGUGUUCUCGACCUCUUUCGAGGGAGAGUCGUGAGCGUUAACCAUUGUUGGGGGAUGUGUGUGUUUAGAGACGCGUGGGACGUGAAUGGGACUGCGGGUAGGAGAUGAGGAAGAGGAGGGGUCGUGGGGAGGGGUCUUCAGUUAUGUGUAGUGCCGAUGUCGUGAAGGGAGGGUAGGGGGAAGGAGGGGUUGGUGGCGUGAGAGAGAAGGGAGUUGGCUGUGAAGGGAAGGGGUUGCGGCUAGGGGGUGUGCAGAGAACUGUGAGGGACGGGACAGAUAUCUACAGCAACGUUAUGGGGUACUGGAAGGGACAAG